AUGGCUCGGAAAGAAGUUGACAUCCACUUGAAGGAAGUAGGGUAUAUCAACUGCUAUGCAUUUUUCAUGGCCUACCUGUUGAUGGCCAUUAGGGGGCUGGGCUACCUCGUCAUUACCUGGUCCACCGUCGUUCUCCUAGGCGGCUUUGUCUCGGAUCUGGGGAAGAAGGACUUUUGGUCCCUCACCAUCAUCACCCUCGUCCUAACACCUCGGGUCUGUGCUGAUGUCGGUCUGAAGGAGAAGCUAAUGGAUAUUUGGUACUCGUUCCAUGGCCUCUACCGUACUAUAUUUGCCACGCUGGACACCAAAAAUUCUAUCACCCUAGCAUAUUGGCCACGCGGACUGCUAGCAGUUGUUGUGUGGUUGUGUCACCUGCUCGUGGCUCCUAUAGUAGUGGGCCCUCUAGCAGCUCUCUACGUGUGUGGGCCGCUGUUGAGCGCCGGGAUUUCUGUGUGGCGUCUAAUAGAACAUGACUACGGCGACGUCAUGAAGGAAGAAGGUUGCUGCAACUGCAUGAAGGAUGAAGAUUCACACCUGCAGCCGGCUCUGAAUGUCUUGUACACACUAGCUCUGUUGCAGGGUUUGCUCUUCUGUUACAGGUGUUGUCAUUUUCCUUUUUCUUUUUAUAAAGGGAUUUUUUGUGCAGUCAAUAGUUGCACCGAUGUUAUAGAAACAACACUUAAGAAAAACCCGAUUUUAUGUUGCAGGUUUUACGCGUCUUUUGCGCGAAAAAGGCUAGUGCGUGAUGUCGCGAAAGAGUACAACAUGAGCAAUGACGAACAAUUGGUGAAGGCUGUGAAGAAGUACCUGAGUGAGACGGUGAGCAGGUGCGAGAAGGACCCGGCUUUCUUCAAGGAAACAAAUCUGGCCACGUACGCCGUUGGAAUGAUCAAGUCCAUCGAAUCAUUGGAAAGCUUCGUUUCUGGGGCAAGGAUUCUGGACGUCCUCUUGAACUACGCCCUCACCGUAAAGGACAAGCGACCGCGUAGACUCACGGAAGAGAAGCAGAAGGCGCUCACAACAGACCUCAUAGGUUUGGCGUCCACCAGCCAUGUAGUCAAGAAAUUGCUGCAGGCGAUGGAUUCCACAAGCCCACACGGCGUGGCAAUGAGGGGGAUUGCCGCCAACAUAUUGGCGAACAUUGCCGGCAGGACUCCUCUGAUGCAAUUCUCACAAGUGAUCCAGAGCGUAGGCUCGCUGAUCGACAUCUCUCAGCAGCAACUUGAAGGGGAAUGUGCCGUCGCCAAGCUCCAAAGUGGACUACAGGAAGCUGAAAACUACAGGAAGCUGCUUAUGGAGAAAGGCUUCGAUAUCCUUCACAAGCUCGCCGCCGACCAAGAAAACUGCAGAGCCAUAAGCAACUCCCAGGGCCUACGGUCCAAGGCUGUGGCGCCUGUACGCUCCGACCUGCUACAUCUCAUGGACCAUGAGGCAUGGUCGACCACCAUCGUAGACAAGUCGCUGCAAGUCAUGGCCAGCCUCGUGGCUUCUCCGGGAGAGACUGGUGCCCAGCUGCGUAACCAAAUCUCAAGUGACAAGGAAGUGAUCCAUGGCAUGGAGAGGAUCCUAAGAUGCUGUGGAUGCAGUGAACAUGUUCGCAUAUUAAGCAUUGAGAUUCUCACGCACCUGGCCAUGGAUGAGGAGGAGUCACUGCGUGUCAACAAGGAAAGCAGAGAAAAUUUUAUCAGGAUGCUCCCUUCCAUCCUCACUGAUGACGCCAAAGAAUGCUCCAUUAGAGAAUUGGCGGGUGAAGCACUGGUGAUGCUAAGUCAAAGUAAAAGCGACGCUGCCAUCAUCUUGAAGGCCAACGAUCAUGUUGUCCGUGAUCUCACUAAAAUCCUUUGA